GCCCCUCCUCCCCGCCUCAAUCUCCACCCACCGGAUCAGGGAACAACCAGCUGCCGCCCCAACCCCCCUUUUUUUUCUCUCUUCUCCGGCGUCCGGUGGGGCAUUCCCGCCGCCGGCCGCCGUUCCCGGCGGUCGCCCAGAGCAUCAGUUCAGCUUGAGGUUUCCAGACUUCAAGGAACACCUCUAGUGCAUUGUGCACAACAUUUAUCUGAGAAAAGCAGCUGCAUUGUGUAAAGCAACAUUUUUUUCAUGGGUUCAGACAAGCAGAGCGGUAGCCCGCUCUUGGGCACCCUAAAAGUGGGAGGGAGGGUUCGGACGAUCCUAACACAUACUUAUCCAUAUCCUCAUGAACACUCGAGGCAUAUCAUGACCGCGGUGAUAAUUGGGUGCCUAUUUUUCAUCUCUUCUGACAAUAUGCAUACUCUCAUACAUAAACUGGACAACAAUAUCAAGUGGUGGUCCAUGUAUGUUUGCCUGAUUGGUUUCUUCUAUUUCUUUUCAUCUCCUUUCCUUGGAAGAACGAUUCAGCCGAGUUACUCAAAUUUCAACCGAUGGUACGUCGCUUGGAUUUGCUUUGCAUCCCUGUAUCAUCUCCCCAGCUUCCAGUCAAUGGGAGUCGAUAUGCGCAUGAACCUUUCACUUUUUUUGACAAUAUAUUUCUCCUCUGUCCUUUUUAUCCUCGCCUUUCACAUCAUAUUUAUUGGUCUCUGGUACAUUGGACUGGUCGCUCGCAUGGCAGGAACAAGACCAGGAAUAUGGACUAUAAUACAGAACUGCACUGUCAUCAGUAUUGCUUGCUGUGUAUUCUACAGUCACUGCGGGAAUCUUGCUGUGCACAAAAGCGAAUCUUUUGCCAGGAAUUCUGAUCCAAGUUUGCUUGCUUUUCUUAAGAAUGAAAAUGGAACCACAUGGAUAUCGAAUUUUCUCUUUAUGAAUGAGUUAAAAGAUCAGAUAUGUUCAUCUUGGUUUGCUCCAGUUGGAUCUGCUAGUGAUUACCCUCUUCUGUCCAAGUGGGUUAUAUAUGGGGAGUUAGUUUGCAGUGGAUCCUGUGCUGGCCCAUCGGACGAAAUAUCUCCUUUGUACUCACUGUGGGCUACAUUUGUUGGCCUUUAUAUUGCCAACUUUGUUGUGGAGAGAUCAACUGGAUGGGCUCUUACUCACUUGUCACCAGUAUCAGAGGAAGAGAAGCUUAAAAAACAUAUGAAACCAGAUUUCCUGGAUAUGGUACCUUGGUACUCAGGGACAUCAGCUGAUUUAUUCAAGACAGCGUUUGAUCUAAUGGUCUCUGUAACUCUUUUUGUUGGGCGAUUUGACAUGCGCAUGAUGCAGGCUGCAAUGAAAAAUACAGAUGAGACUCAGAAUGAAGACCUCUUGUAUGACUACUUCCAUGGAAAAGAAGACCUUUGGUUUGACUUUGUUGCAGACACUGGUGAUGGUGGAAAUUCAUCAUAUACAGUUGCCCGGCUUCUAGCUCAACCAUCCAUUCAGACUGUAAUUGGGGGUUCUAUGCACACUCUUCCACGUGGAAAAUUGCUUGUCAUUGGCGGAGAUCUUGCGUAUCCAAACCCUUCAUCAUUUACAUAUGAGAGACGCUUCUUUUGUCCUUUUGAGUAUGCUAUGCAACCUCCGCAUUGGUAUAAGGCUGAACAUAUAGCUUUGGACAAGCCUGAGGUUCCUCCAGGUGUAUCAAAGAUGAAAGAAUACAAUGGCCCCCAAUGUUUCAUAAUUCCCGGGAACCACGACUGGUUUGAUGGGCUGCACACUUUUAUGAGAUAUAUAUGUCACAAAAGCUGGUUAGGUGGAUGGAUUCUGCCUCAGAAGAAGAGUUAUUUUGCAUUGCAGCUUCCCAAGGGUUGGUGGAUAUUUGGUCUUGAUCUAGCUCUUCAUGGUGACAUUGAUGUAUACCAAUUUAAAUUUUUCGCAGAACUUUGUCAGAAUAAGGUUGGAGAGAAUGACUCUGUGAUUAUUGUGACACAUGAGCCAAACUGGCUCCUUGAUUGGUAUUGGAAGGAGACUACAGGAAAGAAUGUCUCACAUUUAAUUCAGGACUACCUGCAUGGAAGAUGUAAACUUCGCAUGGCAGGGGAUUUGCAUCAUUUUAUGAGGCAUUCUGCGACACAGUCAGACAAACCUACUUUUGUGCAACACUUGCUUGUCAAUGGAUGUGGUGGUGCCUUUCUGCACCCAACACAUGUUUUCAAAAACUUCGAGAGAUUCUCUGGGGCUACCUAUGAGUGCAAGGCUGCUUAUCCAUCCUAUGAUGAGUCUAGUGGGAUUGCACUCGGUAACAUACUGAAGUUCCGCAAGAAAAAUUGGCAGUUUGACAUAAUUGGUGGUUUUAUCUACUUCAUACUGGUAUUUUCAAUGUUCCCGCAGUGUAAUCUUGUUCACAUCUUGAAUGAAGAAACAUGGUAUGGGCGUCUGCAAAGCUUCUCAAGUACAAUAUGGAGUGCUUUGCUCUAUAUUUUUGAACACUCUUAUGUCUCUUCAGUGGGAAGUCUGACUUUAUUGAUGGCAUCAUAUUCAUUUGUACCAUCCAAACUCACAAGGAAAAAAAGAGCUAUUAUCGGUGGCCUGCAUGUUUUGGCGCAUCUGACGGCAGCUCUGCUUUUAAUGUUGCUCAUGGAGUUGGGCAUCGAAGUCUGUAUACGGAAUCAUUUAUUGGCGACUUCAGGUUAUCACCCUCUAUAUGAUUGGUAUCGGUCAAUGGAAAGCGAGCAUUUCCCAGACCCAACUGGUCUUCGUGCUCGUUUGGAACAAUGGACACUUGGACUAUACCCAGCAUGCAUAAAAUACCUUAUGUCAGCCUUUGACGUCCCUGAGAUCAUGGCUGUGACAAGGAUCAACAUUUGCAAGAACGGGAUGAUGUCUCUUUCUCGGAGUGUUCUGAUCAUGUACUACACUUCCGUAUUUAUCUAUUUCUGGAUUUUCUCAACUCCAGUUGUGUCUCUCAUAUUUGGUAGCUACCUAUACAUAUGCAUCAAUUGGUUCCACAUACACUUUGAUGAGGCCUUCUCGUCUCUGCGCAUCGCAAACUACAAAUCAUUCACAAGGUUCCACAUUAAGAAGGAUGGUGAUCUUGAAAUAUUUACACUUGCAGUUGACAAGGUCCCAAAGGAUUGGAAGCUGGAUCCUAAGUGGGAAGCAGAGGAAAGAGGGCCGCAUCAGCUCAGCCACGACCGGAGGUACCCUAGCAAGUGGAGAUCAGCCUCAUCACCGGACCCCGUCAGGUCGGUACGUGUCGUCGACCAUUUCACCAUCACAAGAACAAGAGCCCCAGAUCCCGAGACCUCUUGCUGAUCCCAUACAUCUCAUCA